CUGAGAGAGCUGGACCUGAGCUACAAUCACCCAGGAGACUCAGGAGUCAGACUGCUCUCUGCUGGACUGGAGGAUCCACACUGCAGACUGGAGAAACUCAAUGGUACUGGGUCAGAAUGUCUGGAGUGUGACUUACACCAAGAAAAGUAUCUGUGCCUUGAAGGGGUCAACAGUGGAGCUGCACUGCUCUUAUACAUAUCCCAGUGGUACAGUCACAACAACCCUCUGGUUCACUGAAUCUGGGACUGGUAAAGAACCUAAAGAUCUAGGUCAGGACCCAGAGUAUGCAGGUCGUCUGGAGUGUCAUGGAGAUCAGAAGAAUUGUCACACACUGAGGAUCACAGACCUGAGAGAGAGUGACUCUGCUGAGUACAAGUUCAGAUUAUUAACAGAUCAGACCGGAGGGAAAUAUAUUGGCAGUCCUGGAGUCACUCUGUCUGUCACAGAUGUUGUGUUGGAGAUGGAUCCUACAUCUGUGUCAGAGAGGGAGAAUGUCACACUGAUAUGUAGAACCAAAUGUACACUGGACCCCAUCACAGCCUACAGUUGGUAUAAGAAUGGACAGCCUAUACCAAACAGCAACACCUCCUCUCCUGUCUAUAGCCUAUUCUCAGUCAGCAGUGAGGAUACAGGCCGAUACUCCUGUGCUGUAGAAGGCCAUGAGGAUCUCCCCUCUGCUGAAGAGACUCUCACUGUCACAUAUGGUCCAAGGAACACCUCAGUGUCAGUCAGUCCCUCUGGUGAAAUAAUGGAGGGCAGUUCAGUGACUCUGACCUGCAGCAGUGAAUCCAACCCACCUGUGGACAAAUACACCUGGUACAAGAAGAAUGUUACCUCACCAAAAGCAUCAGGACAGAGUUACAGCAUCACUAACAUCAUCUCUGAGGACAGAGGAGAAUACUACUGUGAGGCUGAGAAUACAAUAGCAUCUAAUAACUCUACAGCUCUGAUGAUCAUUAUAGCAGAGAACCAAACCUCAGUUCUAACUGCUGCUGUAGGAAUCAUAGUGGUUGUUCUGGGUGUCAUACUGGCUUCAUGUCUCUCUGGCUUCAUGUGGUUCAGGAAGAAGGCCUCCAAAUCCACCUUUGACACAAGACACACAGCAGACGACGGACAGGGAGACUCUAGUGCAGUGUAUGGCAACAUCUCAGGCAUGGCCAUGACCCCUGCUGCAGCACAGACAGUGGCCACCUUCGACCAGGAACAGGACGAGGAUGUCCAGCCCACGGUGGAACAAGCAGCUGAGGAGGACCCCUCUGUUCUCUACAGUACAGUCAACAAACCCAGAACCAAGAAGACCUGAACACAACAAACCCAGAACCAUGAAGACAUGAACACAACAAACCCAGAACCAAGAAGACAUGAACACAACAAACCCAGAACCAAGAAGACAUGAACACAACAAACCCAGAACCAUGAAGACAU